AUGUCCUGGCCAUCGUCCUCCGCCAGCGACUUCAUCGUUGGUUUCAUCGCCGGAUGUCUGACCAUUAUUGUCCUGCUGGCCCUCGCGGCCUUUUCCUUCACUCGCACCGCCGACAUUUACGGCCUGGGUCACUGGAAACUCAACGUGAGGACGCCACUCCCAUCCAUGUGGAUGAACCUGGGCUUCUGGACUCGAGAUGACGGCAAACCCAUCCACCACUUUGACGAGGCUGCGCGCACCAUGCUCGACAAGCUCUUACAAGCCGCGGGCCUCACCUCCGCCGCGAAAUCGCACCACUCAGUCGCCGUCCUAGACGUCGGCUUCGGAUGUGGCGACCAGACCGUCGCCCUCGCCGAGCUUAUCCAGGCUUCAUCCCGGCCUCGGUUUCGCUACGUCGGACUCACCUUGAACGCCGCGCAGCUCCAAGCAGCCCAGCAACGACUCGACGCCGCACUCGCCAUCCAAGAAGGAGACGGCAGCGCACUCGGACUCCCCCCAAGCUCCUUCAAGCUGUUCCAGGCAGACGCGGCCAAGCCCGAGUCCUGGAGCAGCGCCGUGUGCGCCUCCGUCGACGGGUUGGCCGACGAGACUUUUCGUGAGCGCUGGCUCAUGGGCUUGGACUGCCUGUAUCACUUUUCGCCGUCGAGGAGGCCCAUCUUCAGGCGUGCUUCUCAGACGCUCAACGCAAACGUCAUGGCUUUUGACUUGAUCCUCGGCGACGCGGCGUCUACGUGGCAAACCCUGGCCGUUAGAACACUGGGGUUUAUCCUGCUGUGUCCUUGGCGCACGUUUUUGACCGAGGAGCAGUACCGGGAUCAGCUUGUCGAGUGUGGCUACGACAGGGCGUGCGUUGAGAUUCGGGACAUUUCAGAUCAUGUUUUUGGCGGGUUGGCGGGCCACUUGAGGAGGCAAGAUGCUGCUUUGAGUCCGUACGGUAUCUCGUUGUCGGGGUAUACGAUGGUGGGGAGGAUAUAUGAGUGGUUUGAUCGGACGCGGGUGUUGAAGGCGGCGAUUGUUGUUGGGAGGAUAAAGAGCAAGAGUCAGUAG